GCGAACGUACAAAUGCCAUUGAGGCUUCGAGGGUCACGGAAGGAAGAACCAGAACCUCUCUCUCUCUCUCUCUCUCUCUCUCUCUCUCUCUCUCUCUGAGUUACCAAAAUGGCCUUCUCGAGAAACCUUUACAUCUCCAUUUUUGUGUGUGCAGUAGUCCUCUUCACCUCGGCAGAGGCAGGCAACUUUGAGAUUAGGAACAAUUGCGGCUACACAGUCUGGGCUGCCGCUUCACCCGGUGGUGGGAAGCAGCUCAACCAGGGCGAGGUCUGGACCAUCAGCGUGCCUGCCGGCACAACAGGUGGCCGUGUUUGGGGCCGAACCAACUGCAACUUCGAUGGGAACGGCCGAGGAAGUUGUCAAACCGGUGACUGUGGUGGGCUUCUGCAAUGCCAAGGCUACGGUUCACCACCAAACACCCUAGCCGAAUAUGGUCUAAACCAGUUCAAUAACUUGGAUUUCUAUGAUAUAUCACUCGUCGACGGAUUUAAUGUUCCCAUGGACUUUGGCUCAACCAAUGGUGCUUGUCAUGACAUUAGAUGUACGGCCGAUAUCAAUGGCCAAUGUCCGGCGGAAUUGCGGGCUCCGGGAGGUUGUAACAACCCUUGUACGGUGUACAAAACGGAUCAAUACUGUUGCAACUCAGGAAGCUGCGGGCCAACCGAUUACUCUAAGUUCUUCAAGAAUAGGUGCCCAGAUGCCUACAGUUACCCUAAGGACGAUACCACAAGCACGGUCGUGUUUACCUGUAAUGGUAAUAGCGAUUACAGGGUCGUGUUUUGCCCAUAAUCAGGCUCUACUGCUCUUGUUCAUGUGUGGAAAGAUCUUUUGAGUUGCAGGCCUGUCUCAAAGAUCUUAUUAUAUUACCUAAAUAAAACUGCAAAUGUCAUGUGUCGUUACUGUUUUAAUAAGAUUGGUUAGUUAUUACUUGCUAGGUUCAA